AAAACAGAAACAGUUCGUCCAAUUUUCUUUAUAUUGAAGCAAAAUGCUCUCCAAAAUUCUUUUGAUCCCGGCAGAACUUGCGUGGAACCAAUGUUCUGCGCAAAAUUUGAAGUUAUAUUGUGCAUCCAAUAUUGAAAAAAUCUUUUCCCGUCCUAAAUUUAAUUUGAUGUGACACAACCUUGAUUGAUCAGCUUGAAAACUCAUUCCGUGGAUAAAUUUUUGACGUGGCAUUCUUCAAACUAACUGAGUACAAUGGACAGGAAAAACUUCCAGUUAAACAAAUUUUUGAAGAAACCAGAUAACAAUAAUUUCUCAGAUGACAAAAUUCAAGAGAAAUUGUACGCAUGGUUUGAAGACCAAGGGCUCCUUUCAGAAUUCAAAGCGCACAUACGUCAAAAGAUGAUCAGCGCCUUAAAAGGAACCUCCUUGGGGGUUGAAUCAUUGAACAGAAAUGGUGCAAAGUCAGUGUCACCAAAAUUGCAAGCAGUGAACUUGCUUAUCUCCGAUUAUUUAUUGCGUUUACAGCACCAUUACACACUAUCUGUAUUUUUCACCGAGGUUCCCUCUCUAACCAGCUUAUCAGAAUUUUCCACAUACAUCACCAGAUUGGCAGAUAAAAAUUACGCUGAAUCCUCGGGAUCAGAGCCUCUGCCUCGCAUCGAUACUGCUGAUGUCAAAGAUAUUCUUCAAGCCCUUGGUUUUUCACCAGAUCAGGGUGUCAGCAUAAAAACCCGUCGACUGUAUCAAUUCAACAGGGAAAAUAAAGCUUUGUUAAUGUGCCUUCUUGACAGCCUUCAAGACUACCUAAAUCAAAAUUGUAACUACAGGGACCCGCAGAAAACCAGUGACAGUGAAGAAAAUGAAUUGUGGCCGAGAGAAAUUCGAGAUGUAUUCAUCAAUAGUGACUUUAGUUUUGAGCAGCUGGAAAUUUUACAAGAUCAUAUUACCAGAUACUAUAAAAAUGCUGUUAAAAAAUUAAAAGCAGAAGAAGAAGCCAAGUAUCGUUUGAAAGUAUCUGAAGUUUUGCAGAAAGAAAGAGAGACUUAUGGAAAAUUAGCAGAAACUGAAAAAAGGUUGAUCGAACAACAAGAAAUUAUUGAAAAAGAAAUAGCAUCCAGAGAAGACCAAUUGAAGACCUUAUCAUCAGCUCUGCGCAAACAACAUGAAGCCAUCUCUGAAAGGCUAUCACAGCUUCAAGAAGAAAGUUUAAAAUUAGAAGAAAAAGAAAAGCAACUAAAAUUAGAAAGAGGUAAGGAAGCUGAGAAACUUGAAGCCAAGAAGAGUGAGUUAGACCUAAAAGAAAAGGAACUGGACGCAGCAUAUGCACAGCUAGCAGAAGAUCAGAAAAAGAUAGCAGACGAGAAGAAAACCCUGGAACUAACACAGAAACUCAUAACUGGCUCUAACAACCUCAACUCUAACGAGCCUCAUGACAAUGUUAAAUUUCUGCAACAAUUAGCUCAGCAAUGCUCAGCUUUGACAAAAAAGCUUGCCGUAAUCAGAGAUAAAAGGGAAAAGGCUCCAAUCGAAAACCCCUCCACAUCUCCGUCUUUCAAGGCAGUGGACAGUUUCAUUUUCGAUCAGCAUAAAGAUUUGAUCCAGGAGACGAAGUUGAAUCUUGAACAGAAAAUGAAUGAACUAAUGCUGAAGCUUGAAGAGAUUAAAGAGGCCUACUCAGUAAAAACGCCAGCGAAACAUUCAUAUGUCGACGAUGCUGGCACAAGAUCGAAGGUUAUUGAUGUCGGAAAUGAAAAGAAGCCUGUUGGUGACCUGGACUUGAAUAUCAAGAAUGACUCAAACGAGAAUGCUACACCUUCGGCAACAAGUACAACAGAAACUUGUCAGAAAUAUGAUAUCUUGGUUCCAGAUGACCUCUCACAAAACUGCUGUGACUCAGGCCGACAAUCGCCCCUUCAAGCUCUCAAGGAUGAAAAUGAUAAUAAAAUUGAUGUCAAUUCUAGCAGAACUACUUUGUUUCAUAGACUGAACGUGGAACGUCACAUGGUUAAAAAACUCCAGGAAGAAAAUACAGAACUCAAGGCACAGGCGCUACUCCAAAAUCAAAAAAUCAUAGACUUGACUCUCCAAACACGGGAACUAGAAUCCAGAUUAAGCAUGGCGAAUACUGUGAGAGUGGUUACAGUCAGCUCAGACCCGACUCCUCAUGUUCCUGUCCAAACCUCAGCAGUUAGCCCCUACUCACCAGUCGUUGCAACCGCUGCUCCGUUUGCACUCACAAGACCCAGACGCCAAUGGUUCAACCGGCAUGUCGGCUCCGGUGAAGAAUCUAUGUUCUCCUCCACUGCAGCUACUGCUAACUCAGCAAGAUCUCGUCUCAGGGAACUCAGAAGGAAACUGCCCCGCAGAAUUGUAGCUCCAAUUGUAGUCAGUCAAUCAUCCUCAACCGAGACCUCCAGCGGUCAGGAUACCAUAGAAGAAACUAGAAAACGCCUGAAAAGAUUAGAAAAAGAAAAUUCUGCCGUUAAUCGUUUGUAUCAAGAUUAUCAGUCUAAGAAAGAACAGCACUUACACUCUGUUUAUCAGCCUGCGGAAACAGUUUUGACCAGUUCCCAGCCGGUGUACUGCUCAGAAUCUCAAAGAAAUUGCUCAACUCUCAUGACGAGCACUUUCUCUCCUUACACUUCAUUUCGGCCCAUUUGCUCUACCUUGAGGCCCAUGAUCACGUCAGUUACGCCGCAGGCUUCAUUCUGUAAUCAAAACACAACUGUCAUCAAUACACAAAAAUCUGCUUGUAGUGAUUUUCUGAACGAGCCAAGUCAAAAAUGUGCCAUUUUGGAUAAAAUUACCAAACAUGAACGUUCAGAUGUGUGUAAUUACCUUGAGGGGCCUCAACAGUGUUCAAAUCGCAAAUUCCGUCAUUAUUACCGUGACUGGUUGGAAUGCCAUUUUCGUAAGUCUUGUCCAAGCCCAUCUGAAACAGAGACAUCCCACUCCAGGGUAUCUCCGUUAAAACAGAUUUUCCAUCUGAAGCAAUACAAAUAUAAAAAAAGUACUAAGAACAGAGCUGACCAUGAAACUGAGAAGGUAGACGAACACAACCCUAAUUCUUUGGAGGUUCUACAUUUGGCAGGAGCCAACGAUAAAACUCCUCAAGUAAUCAUCAUUGAGAAUAAAGAUGAUUCCAAUCAUGUUCCUCUGCCAAAUCUCAACAAAAAUGACUCACUAAUGUCUUCGUCUGAUCUUGAUGACUCUUUGAAUUUUGAGAAGUUGAUCCUUCAAAAUCAACAAAAUGUUGCAGCUUUGAGACAAAAGUUUGAACAACUUUGUAAUUUUAACAGCAGUACCAACUCCUCAGAUGGUGUUGCUGAUUGCAAUAAGCAGAAAAAAGUAAAAAAUAUUCGAAGACCCCCAGCCAACAAGAACGCCCAUUCGGUGAACGUUAAAGUCAAUGUUAAUACUGCCGAAAGCAAUGAAACCACUGGAUCACCUGAUGAACCAGCGCCAAAAAGUCAGGAAGUUUCUAAAUCAUUGGAUGUCAACACCAGUGCUGUUCCUGCAAAGCCAUCCACUCCACCACCUGUUGAAAUAACUUGUUCGGAUGGAAAAAAACUUGUAUCUUCCUCCGAACUUGAGGCAUUACCCAAGAAAGUCGAGGAAAUUAAUGUUAUUCCAGAGACUUUCAACUCUAAGCUGUGUCUGAGGAGCCCUGAAUCUUUGGCAGAUAAAAAAAUCAAAGAUAACUACAAAAGACUCAGCCUGUAUCAUAGAUUGAACGACUAUUAUGAAGAAAUUAUCAAUGAAAUGAAUGUGAGUGAGGAAGAGAAGCAAAAUCUAUCAGAUAUUGAUCAUCUCCUACAGCCGGUUGAAGCAGAUCCUGAAACUUUCCUCGUGAAUGAUGAAGAUGCAAAAUUGUCAGAGCAUCUUGUUAGAGCAGAGCCCGUCAUUUGUGUUACUCAAGUUGAAUCAUCUCAUCGCUCUCCCUCUGGCCAUUCAAUUUAAAUUUUUGAGUUCUGCUGAACACUUGCAUGUGACUACUCCCCAAUCAAUUGGAGUCGAAAUAAACAUCAUGAGGUCAUCAUAUCAGGCUCUACCUAUCCAUAUCCAGUCACCAUUCAUGAUCAAUUUUGUAAUCCAAAUUUUAAGGAUAAAAUUUCAAUCUGAUCUUGCUGAGCUAUUUUUCCUUUGAGCAAAAAAUUCAUUUAUUCAUUCCAAAAUCAAUUCCUUCAAACACAUCUACAGUUCAAUGGAAGUCAACUGUAAAGUCAAGUUCUGCCUUUUAAAUUUUUAUUUGAUCUCUCUACGAAAUUUUUGUAAAGAUCUCUUAUCAUUUCCAUCCAAAUUUUUCAUCCUACUGUAUUCAUCCUUUUAUAUCAAAAGUGUAAUUAUUUAAAAUGGGUUUGAUCUCAUUAUGAUCACAAAAAUCUAGUCUUAGUCUUACAAAAGCCUGUGAUAAAUUUCGUUGCUACCUUUUUUUUAAAAACAAAUUAUAAAUGUAUUGAAAUUGAAUUGUAACUUCCCAUCGUUUUGUGUUCUAUUGAGAAUUUUAUUUUCAUAAUUAUUUAUUUUUGCAGAGGACAUUAGAAGCUAUUAUGUACCUACAAAACUAAAUUUUUCUAAUAAAAAAGGUUAAUUAAUCUCCAAG